AUGCGCGAGGAUGAGACUAAUUUCAUCAAGUACGACCUGAACGGUGCCAAGGGAAGCAUGGCCCAGGAGAUAUACGGAUCUGGAGGCCGCGUGCGGGACAGGAACUUCGCAGUGCUGCACAAGAGCCCUCUGCGGCUGGACCGAGGGUGGUGGGGCGAGGCGCCCGGCGAGCGGAAGUUCGGCGCCGCCAGAGCAGCCUGGGCGGCCAACAUGCUGGAGCAGAUCCUGAAGAAGUCUGGGUCGAAGGUUGCUUCGGUGAAGGUCCAGCAGGGCGUAGCUUCUCCCACCAACGCCGCGUUCAAGAGCGCGGUGUCGGAGCCGCUGGACACGCACAUUAGCUACGAGCGGCUCUGGGCCGAGCUGAUAGACCUGUUGCAGUAUCCGCAGUCGACGGCGGAGAACAAGUACUCGCCCCCUGUCGUGAUCGGCGACAAUGAGUUCGAGGUCAAGCAGGAGUCCAAGGCGUCGGGCGAGUCCACGCUCAGGCACUUCAUCAACAAGCCUGUCGGCGAGGUGCGGAUAGAGACGUGCGGGAAGGCUGGCCGCGUCCGGGACCGCAACUGGGUGGUCCUUCACAAGAACCCGCUGCGCAUGGAGCUCUGGGGCGAGUCGCCCGGCGAGCGCAAGCACGGGCCCGGCAAGUCGGCCAUGGUGCAGAAUUUCCUUGACGCGCUGGUGAAGCAGGCGAACCCGCAGGCCGCGCAAGUCAAGGUCAAUCAUGGCGUGGAGUCGCCAACAAUUGUAGGCCUGAAGAGCGUGAUGUCAGAGCCAAUGGACCACGUAGCGACUUUCGACAAGUUAUGGAAGGAGUUCGUCCAGUUACUUAAACAUCCAGGUCAAUACGAAGACGGUGUAAAGGAGUCGAAGGUCAGCGGUACGUCUGAUUCGGAGUUCACCGUGACGCAGGUCCUCUCCCCGAAGCCGCUCAAAGAAACGAGCGUUUACAAGGUGAACAAGGCAACGGGAUCCAUCUAUGCGGAGACCAGCAGUCCAGAUGGCCGAUUACAGGAGAAGCAUUGGACCGUAAUACACAAGGAGCCGCUCGUGAUCGAGUGCUGGAGCGAGAACCAGAUCGCGCGGAAGUUCGGGCCCGCGCGGCGGCAGCCCAUGCAGGGCUUGGUGGACAACAUCAUGAAGCGGGUCGCCCCCUCUGAGCCCGCGGGCAAGAUCAAGGUCGACUCCAGCGUGAAGCUCAGCAGCUGCGUGUCCGGCGACCUGGGGAAGUUCAUGAGCUACGACCGGCUGUGGACUGAGAUUGUGCACCUGAGCCAGAUGCCUCCUCGAGUGGGACAGAUGAAGACCUCGACUAUGACCAAGAAGUCCGAGCUAGAGUUCCGAGUCGUGCAGACUCUGCAGCUGCCUGGCAAGGGCAAGGGCAAGGGCAAGGCCAAGGGCAAGGGCGCCGCGGGCCCGACCACGACCGCGACCCUGGAGUUCCGGCUGAACCCCAAGAAGGGGGAGAUCUUCCGGGAGUCCUACGGGCAGCUCGGCAGGCUGACCGAGAAGGUCUGGAUCUACGUCCGGAAGGGCCCGCUGCGCCUGGAGAGCUACGCGGAGAGCCCCGGCACCCGGCGGCACGGGUCCGCCAAGGCUGCGAAGGUGCAGUUCCUCCUCGACCAGGCGCUGGCCAUGAAGUGA